AUGACGGGCCUGAGGAAGCAGGUCUUUGCCGGCACCUUCAUCUCCAGCAAGAGCCCGCAGGAGCUCAACUAUCUGCACAAUGCCGUCAUCUGCGUCGACGGGGAGGGCAGAAUCGCCAGGGUCGAUAAGGAGCCUGGCAGUGUGAGCAAGCUGGAGAAUACGCUCAAGACGCUUGGAUGGUCUGCGAGUGAGGUGGACAUUCAUGUGGCACAACCGGGACAGUUCUUUUUCCCCGGCUUCAUCGACUCUCACGUUCAUGCGCCUCAGUAUCCCAACGUGGGCAUCUUUGGAAAGACGACGCUCAUGGAGUGGCUUGAAAAGUACACUUUUCCCAUGGAAUCGAGCCUCAAGGAUCUGGACAAGGCACGCAGGGUGUAUACCGCAUGCGUGAGACGGACGUUGUCUCAUGGAACAACGACAUCGGCCUACUAUGCGACCAUCGAUGUGGCCGCCACGAACCUCCUUGCCGAUAUCUGUCUCGAUAUUGGACAGCGUGCCCUUGUAGGGCGUGUCUGUAUGGACAAUCCGACCACUUGUCCUUCUUACUACCGCGAUGAGACAGCUCAAGAGUCAUUGGAGAGGACGCGGGAGACGAUCCAGCAUGUCCGAGACAUUGACCCAGAUUUCAAGCUCAUCUGCCCCAUCCUUACACCCCGCUUUGCGCCCUCGUGUUCUAGCGAGGCCAUGAGGGGUUUGGCGGAUAUUCAGAGGCAGAUGGACCUACCGGUGCAAACACAUAUAUCAGAGAACGAAGGAGAGAUUGCGCUGGUAGCUCAGCAGUUUCCUGAGUCUGGCUCUUAUGCAGAGGUUUACGACAAUCAUGGCCUUUUGACGCGGAGAACGAUCUUGGCGCAUGCGGUGCAUCUGAGCGAGGGGGAGGCUGCACUCGUGGCCAAGCGGGGGAGCAAAGUGUCUCACUGCCCAUGCAGCAACAGCUCCCUCACGAGCGGAGCAGCGAAGGUGCGGUGGAUGUGGGAUCGGGGCAUCACGGUCGGUCUCGGCACCGACAUGAGCGGAGGUUACAGCCCCUCGGUACUCGAAGCGGCACGGCAAGCGGCUUUAGUAAGCCGUCACGUAGCCAUGGGCGUCACGGACGGAGCGGAGCGGGAACGGAGCAAGCUGACGGCGGAGGAGGUGCUGUACCUGGGGACGCGGGGCGGCGCCGAGGUUGUGGGCCUAGAGGACCGCGUCGGCGGGUUCGAAGAAGGCAUGGAGUGGGACGCACAGCUAAUCGGCCUGGGACAAGUGGACGAGGAUGGCAUGGGAGGAGACAGCAACGUCGACGUGUUUGGGUGGGAGACGUGGGAGGAGAGGAUGGCCAAGUGGCUGUUUAACGGAGAUGAUCGGAAUGUGAAGAAGGUGUGGGUGAGGGGGAGACUUGUUCAUGAGCGGUGA